UAAAAAAAAAUGAAGAAAUCUCAAUCACAAACAAUCCCAACAAUAAUUGUUGUACUCCAAUAAACUAUCUCUAUAUCCUACCCAAAAUUGGGUCCAUGGCCAAACUUUUUUGGCUUUGAUUUUUUCCUUCAAGAAUUCCCCUUUUCCCAUUUCAAGAAUCACUUCUUGUUUCUUCACUUUAAUCUCUUGUUCAAAGCAAAGUUCAUGUCUUUUUGCUUCUGGGUACUUCUAAAAGUGCUUGAUUUGAGGUAAAGAACUAGUUUUUUUUUUUAAUUCUGAGUAUAUGGAUUUUAGUGUUUUCUCAAGUGGGUUAGAUUAGUUUUUAGUAGCAGUAAUGGAACAUUUGUGGUAAAAGAAAAGACUUGCUAGUGAAAUUUGUAUUUGCAAGUCAUUGGAGGAAAUGGGUUGAUUUAAUUUGUGGGUUUUUGACUUUGUGAUUAUCUAAAUAGUUGAUGGUUGCUCUUGGGGGAUUCUUGAAUUAUUCAAUAGUAAAUACUACUUUGUUGUAUUGUGCUGGUGAGAGGUACUAGGUACGUGGUGAAAUAGUCCAGGUGCGAGCAAGCUGUCCUGGAAACCAUCGUCAUAAUUUUGUGCGGGUGAGUAGUACGUAUCCGGUGCAAUAGUUGAGGUGCAAUAGUUGAGGUGCAAACGAGUUGGUUUGGAUACCACUGCCAUAAAAAAUAAUACUUUGUUGUAUCUUUGAUGAUGGGAGCUAGUAGGUAUCCUGUAGAAUUGUAGAAUGGUUGAGGUACGUGUAAGCUGACCUGAACACCACCCUCAUAAAAAGACUAGAAGGGGAGUAAGUGGAGGAGGAGGGGCGGACCCAUUAUCCCGAGCUUCGACUAGAAGAGGAGUAAGUGGAGAAAGGUAGAGGGGUGAGUCCAUCAUCCAAGAGUUUCGAGGGCUGCGGUUGGUCCCAGAGUUCUCGGUCAUAAAAAAAGAAGUACUAGAAGUGUAGUGAGGUGGAAGAGGAUGAAGAGAGGGAAAGAUGAAGAGAGAGUAAUGGGGCCAAUGUUUCCAAGGCUUCAUGUAAAUGAUACAGAGAAAGGAGGUCCAAGAGCACCUCCAAGGAACAAGAUGGCUCUUUAUGAACAGCUUAGUAUCCCUUCUCAAAGAUUCAGCCCUGGUGAUUUGCCUCUUAACAAUAAUAGUAACAGUGUGCCUCCUUACUCAAGCCAGGGGAAUGAACAUGAAAGAGUUGUAUUUUUCUCGAGACAGCUUCCUGCAUCAAGACAUCCAGUUGAGAAGCCACAUGGCCGCAGUUAUGGUUCAAAUACCCCGUUGCAGAAAGUUGAGUCUAGAAAGCAAACAGAAAAGAAUGAUUUUAGAAUUCCCACGUUUGGUAACUUCAAGGUAGAUCAGGGACAUGGGAAAUUUAAUAACAAUAUUGAUAUGGAAAAGCUCACUCCCUCUAAUCAAGCAAUUUCAGGGUGCUCAAACAAAGAAUUGAAAGAAAUCACAGGUCUGAUUACGAGACAGCUUGGUAAAAUCCAGAAUGGAGAGAACUCCAAAGAUCGUGCAAUAAGCCGUAAAUGUACCUCAGAUUCUUUAUCCAUGGAUAAGGCAGAAGGUAUUUUGAAGCAAACUGAUAAAUUGUUGCAUUUCAAACCGAGAAAGAAUCAUGCAAAUACCUUUGGUGAUUUACAGAAGACCAAUAUUGUACGGUUACAAGUCAGACCUGAUUCUCUAGUUGAUUGCACUGUCUUUGCCGGAUCUGCCUUGGAUGUUGAUAAGGAAUUCCAUGAACAAAAGACAUGUAAAUCAUCACAAACAGGAGAAACGGACCGGAGUGAUGACUUAUCAGAGACUUCUAUGGUGGAGUGUGUAUCUAAAGUGGACAUAUCUCCCGAUGAUAUUGUUAGAAUAAUAGGACAAAAGCAUUUCUGGAGAGCAAGACGAGCUAUUGCCAACCAACAGAGAGUGCUUGCAGUCCAAGUAUUCGAGUUGCAUCGACUACUCAAGGUCCAGAAACUGAUAGCUAGUUCGCCAAAUAGUAUACUCGAAGAUGGUUCUUCUUUAGGCAAACCUUUAAAGAGGUUGUCUACUAAAAGACUUGCAUUGGAGUAUAAUGUCAAAGCACCUGAAAAUGUUUCGAAACAGAAGAAUGAUUCUGAGAAGCCUAACUCUAGGAUGGAAUCCAAUGCCGAAAAUGAUGUAGGAGAGACAUCUCUUUCUUGCCGCAGACCACUUUCAGAAACCCCGUCACCAACACCAGUAAAACACGUUUCCCACAUGGGUCCGUGGCUCUUCAAUCAACCUUCGGGACACCAAUGGUUGAUACCCGUGAUGUCUCCUUCUGAAGGACUAGUAUACAAGCCACAUCCUGGACCUGCAUUCAUGAGUCCAGUAUAUGGCGGUUGUGGACCCCCGAUUCCAAUGACGGGAAACUUUUUAGCUCCGGCAUACUAUCAAGGAACGGGAGCUCCUUUCGCACCUCAACCUAGUCAUGGCUACUUUCCUCCGUUUGACAUGCCAGUUAUGAAUCCAGUAAUCCCAUCUCCAGCUAUUGAUCAACCGGACCAGGUUGCUGCAACGGGUUUUCAAGGUCUGUUAUCGAGAGAUCAGGAAGUUAAUUUUCACAUUCAACAACAGAACUCAAGUAAUGUUGCGAGAGAGAAUAAUGUAGCCGCGCCAAAGGUUGUGAGAUUGUAUCCCUCUAGAGAUUCUGAGUUGCAAGCCAGCACUGCAAGUAGUCCAAGGGAAAGAGGUCAUGGAUUAGACGUGGGCAACUCCACCGGAGGAAGAAGCGUGUUUCCUCUGUUCCCAACUUUUCCUGCUAUUAGCAACCCCGCUAGUAGCUCCCAGCCUCAUUUUCCUAGUCAUACGGCUAGAGUUAUCAAAGUUGUGCCUCGUAAUGCCAGUGCUGCUACAGAAUCUGCUGCUCGGAUUUUUCAGUCUAUACAAGAAGAGAGAAAACAGCAUUGACUCAGAUUUCUCUCAUUUAUAGCUAUACAGAGAACAGAAUUGACUCUUAUCCCCUCAUCUAGAGGUUGUACCUAGGCCGCGAAUGUGACCAUGUACCUUUGAUAACUCGGUCGAUGAGCCUUUUUAGAUAAUAUACAGUGUACAGUGAUUGCUUCUUACCAUGCUGUACACUUAUUUCCAUUUUGUUGUUGGUCCUCAUUUUGAAAAUGGACAGAGCUCUCUUAAGAUAUGUCUUCGUUCUAGACCUCUUCUUUCGAAUGUAUUUCGAGAUUAAAUUUUUCA